GAUAUUACUUGGUCACUAAUUCCUGGUUCUCUUUUCUGUGGACUUUGAAAUCAAGAACCAACUUACUUUGGCCAAAGAAAUGAAGCUUAAGUGAUGAACUCCAAGAGGAGAUGACAAAGCUGCUACCGCCUGGUUCUCUCUCCUCUCUUUGUUAUGGUGCCUUGCUGACGGGAAGAUCCAAUACUACGCCCUCACCUACAGGAUUGCCCUGGGCAAUCACUGAGAUCCAAGUUGUCUUGGGUGAGGGUUGUGGAACAGGUUCCUCCCAGAUGAAAACAUCACAUCCUGCAGGGAAGAAGCUCCUUAAGCAGGAAGGUAAACAACUCCAAGGAGCUUCGGGGAGUCCUGAGAGUGACCAGAUUCUCUAGGCCCCUCCUGCCAGAGGUAAGAAAUACAAGCCCUCUGAGAACCACAGAGCAGAGAUGCAAAGGCGACUGACUGAGACCACCCACCCCGGGCUGCCUUGAAGAAGAGAAACUAGCAGGUGCCUGGAGGAGGUUUAGACCAACUGAGGCAGCCGGAGAGGACCCUCUCCAACCUGCUGAGCUGCCUGCAGGCUGUGCGGUGUGUGUGCUCCAGGUUCCCCGCUUUUGUGCGAGGUCACCCAUGCUGAAGUGGGCUUUGGUGAUGCAGCUGUCUUUGAGUCAUUUCUGCUCCUGUGAGUAACCUCGAUAAAACUCAUGGUUCACCAGGCUGGACUCUGGCGGUGUCUAUUUUGGUCUGUCAUGGCUUCCGUAUCCGGGGUGAGUAGCUCAGUAUGUUGCAUCUCCCCAGGAAAAGUUUUGUCCUACAGCAGUGAGCAGCAACCUUUCUUUGUGUUACAUUGGUGGAUUGGUGAUGCUUGCCCGCUUUCCCUCCCGGAUGUACAUCCAAAGUUGUCUGGCUUUGAGGUUUUUGGUUCUGAGAUUUAACCUUUCAUGGCUGCGCCAUCUCUGCAGCCUUGGCUUGCUAUUUUAUUAUUUUAUUAUUUUUGUUUUGUUUUGUUUUUCAAGACAGGAUUUCUCUGUGUAGCUCUAGCUGUUCUGGAACUUGCUCUGUGGACCAGGCUGGCCCCGAACUCAUAGAGAUCCACCAAAGGCACGUGCCACCAGUUGGGAUUGGUUUUGCUUUUUAAAGAGAAGGUAAACAUAGAGAGUUUGAGUGAAAUAUUUGGUACAUAGAGAAGAGAAUGGGAAGAAGGAGGCAGAGGAAGAAAAGAAGGAGCAGAAAGAACUCAAGGGAGGUUUAACUGAGCAAACAAUGCCUAUGGUGAGGUGGGCAGCCCCGAGCCCCACAGUCCCAUCUCAUGCUGAGGGAUCCGGACCGAACAAAAAUGAAAACAGGAGAAAGCAGCUAAGUACAACAUGGCUCCUCUCUCUGCUUCCUGAUGUGCCCAGAUGUGAACAAGACUCUGCUUCCACCGUGCCUCCCUUACCAAGAUAAUGACCACUAUCCCCUGAGCCGUGAGACACAGUAACCCUUUCCUUCCUGACAUAUUUAUCACAGCAAUGGAAAACGGCAAUACAAAGGCUGCUGCAGAAGCCAAGCAUGGCUGCACACGACCCCUGACUUACAGUGACUUGAUAUACCAUCAUCUUUCAGCUUUGUGGUGGUGUUAACACCCCUUCAUAAAACCGUUCUGUUUCUCCCCUUCAGAGCGGCAGUUGGUAAACUGCAUGAAUUAUGAACACGUGGUGUAUGUUUUGUGUUAGAACUCUUUGCCCAAAAUACAUGUUUUGAGCAGAGCUGAAGGUAGGCUGGGCUAAGCCCUGGUGUUUUGUAAGCCAGAUGAAUUAAAUGCAUCUCUGACGUAUGGAAUCUUCCGCUAGUGGUGGGUUUGCCACAGUGUAACUCCAUCUUAUGGGAAGAAGCAUCAGCCGUUGAAAAUGUUGGUGGAUCCCAUUUGAACGGAGACUGAAGCAGGGAUCCUGCUUGGACUCCUACAGUGCCUAUAGUUCCUGUCAGAGAAUCUCCUCUCAGCUACACUUGACCUUGCUGCUCGUUUCUUGCUUUGAACUCAUUCUUCCUAACCAGAUGGGAGGUGGGAACAGGUGAGGAACCUCGUCCUUGUGCGCGUCACAGGUUACAGGCGUAUAACAGACUUUCAGUAAAUACGAAGCGUAAAGAUGAGCCGACUGGCUGAUUAGUCAGAACUACUGCUUCCUCUUUUAACGUUGGAGGGACAGUUCUGGGGAAUUGCUUUACUUCAUCAAUUUACCCUUUCCUCUAGAGGAAGGGAGGCCAGCAGGCCUGGCUGGAUGCAGGAACCUUGUCACCAGUAUUCCAGUGGUUUCUCUCUAUGGUUUUUUGCAUUAAUAUUAUUACCAGUAAACACCUUUGCUAAGGUAGUGUCUACUGGUUUCAGGUCAGCUUCUGGUAGCCUCUGUUCCUGGCCAAUCCAGAAAACACCGAGUUUCAUCCACUUUAUCUGGGGUUUGUGAUUAUCUCUGAGUCAGCCCGCCAACCAUGAAUAUGCAUGGGAAUGGGGACUUUUUUUUUUUUUAGCUGCAAGAGACAAGACACCUAAAUUCAGACUGCCUUAGGCUAGAACAUCAGUUCCCUAAAAGCCAGGGGUAGAUCAGUUGCACCAGGCGACUGCAAGUCUGCACAAAGGAGCCAACUGUGGCCCUUCCUUCGGUCCCGCCCAGAAGCAAUGACUACAUAGAGAGGUCUGGUAGGAAACCAUGUGGCUAGGAGAGAGGACUUGAGAUGUUAUUUGUAUAGCAUCCUCUAUAAAACUGGGGAACAACUAUAUCAAAAUGGGGGAGCCCAACAGAUAGUAUGGGGAGAUGAGGGAAUAAAGACCCCUGAGUGCCCCCACCCCAGUGCCUUCCCUGUAGCGUAUUUAAUUUGUGGAGGAAGUAAAGGCCAGCCAGGACUACUGCACCUAGCCACGAUCCAAAUUAGGCCCAGGAGAAGGCCAGCUUUAAGCACACAUGUUAAUUGUUAGGCCCUGCACAGUGAUGAGUUUAGCUUUUUCAGAGUCCCAACAAUGACACAUGAAGUAAUGCUUCCUCCGUUCAGUGUUUUCUUUCACAUAAACAUCCAGACCCUCAUCUUAGGGGAGAAACAUGAUGUAAGCCAGUUUCCCAGUCUCCGGCUUUGAUCUUUGUGUCGUUGUAAAGGUGUUGCUGGCUUUUCUGGGUUGCAGAGUCCUGUUCCACAGGACUUGCCACUGAGUUUGUGCUGUGUGUUCCUUUGGAGUCUCUCUUUUUUUUCUUUCAUCAGUGUUGUGAGGGAAGUUGUGGAUGCUGACCAGGAAGAUGCACAGUGAUGUCAUUAGGGCUUGGUCUGUCUCUAUCCAUUCAAUCUGCUCUCCCUUGCAGGAAGACAUAAGGGUAAAAUGGAGAUUGAUUCUUCCCUGCAGGGAGGCACACACGCACGUGGAGACCUGCUUGUCCCGCUUGGUACAUGUACUUCCUUCCCUCCCUGUUGGUCUUUUGCUCUCAGCAUUUGUACUCUAUGAAGAUACGAACUUUUUCUUUCACUUCCUUUCUUCUAUGGGUGAUGACCUGCUGUCUUUCUGAGAAGGAGGCCGAAGGUCACUGAGUGUCAACGUUGCCACUCCUUUCUGGUUUAAGCGGAAGGGGUCUCCGGGGCUGGUCACCCAAGGGUCUGGAGACGCGCGCUCGUGCGCGCACAAGCAUGUGUGUGUGGGGUGUGUGUGUGUGUGUGUGUGUGUGUGUGUGUGUGUGUGCAAAUAUUUCUCAGAUGCCACACACACAUUUCUGCCUGAGGGUUUUGUGUACCAGCCUUUGAAGGACUGUCCUUUUCUCCGGAGUGUCCUUUACCAUCUACCUCUGUAGGAGGUUGGGAGGAGGGCACAGAAGCUGGCCCUGGAAUCCUUGAGGAAGAAGGCAUUUGUAGGUCUUGCUGGCCGGCUCACUGCUGCAUUCAGUCAAAGGAAGGCAAAAGGCUGCUGGAGUUGGGCAAAGAGCCCUGGGUCAAACUGGGCCGGCCACUGACAACAACGGUGGCCUCCGGGGUGCAGUUGCACUUCUGGAUCUCAGUCCACUCACCGCAUGGCCUCAGGACGCCAGGGCGCUUUGGUGGACAGGGGGUAGGGACUGAAGCUUCCAAACGCCUUAAACCCCCGCCCAUGCUUCUUACGGAAAAACAAAACGGGCUUGCGAGAUCCUGCAGCGUCCGAAGACACCACUGCGCGCAACGUCACCCUCGCUCUGGAUUUGGGGGAGAGCGCACCGGACGGAGGAGGAUGGUUCGGCGUGGGCUGAGCUGGAAGGGGUUCUCUGCUCAUCCGGCCGCCGCCUUCGCGUCGCUGCCUCCCCGGCUGUGCAGCAUUUUGGGGGUGGCGGCCGCGAGGCCGAGCAGGGGAUGCGCUUACAUAACCGCUCGCCGUGUCUUGCUGCCUCGCGCUCUCGGGAGCCGCGGGCGGGGCGCGCCGCCCGACCGCGAUGCUGCCGGGACAAGCGCCGCAGGGCCCGGGCCGGUCCCGCAGGCGGAGGAGCGCGAGCAUCGGCGGGAGGAGGGCGCCGGCGGCGGGGGAGGUGAAGCCCCUCCAGGCCGGCCUGCCACUCCUCCUGCUAUGAUGCCUGGGCAGAUCCCAGACCCUUCAGUGACCGCAGGCUCUCUGCCAGGGCUCGGCCCCCUCACCGGACUUCCCAGCUCUGCUCUGACCACAGAGGAGCUGAAAUACGCUGACAUCCGCAACAUUGGGGCGAUGAUUGCGCCCUUGCACUUCCUGGAGGUGAAACUGGGCAAGAGGCCCCAACCCGUGAAGAGUGAGCUAGAUGAGGAAGAAGAGCGAAGGAAAAGGCGCCGGGAGAAGAACAAAGUUGCUGCAGCCAGAUGCCGGAACAAGAAGAAGGAGCGCACGGAGUUCCUGCAGAGGGAGUCAGAGAGGCUGGAGCUCAUGAACGCAGAGCUAAAGACCCAGAUAGAGGAGCUGAAGCUUGAGAGGCAGCAGCUGAUCCUGAUGCUCAACCGCCACCGGCCCACCUGUAUCGUGCGUACAGACAGCGUCAGGACGCCGGAGUCGGAAGGCAACCCGCUGCUGGAGCAGCUGGACAAGAAGUGACUGAAAGCCUGGAGGAGGCAGCGGAGGAAGAGGAGGAAGAGGAGGAGCAGCAAAGAGGAGGAGGAGCAAAGUGAUGGAGGGCCCCUCCCGGGCACGUGACAAACUCUAUGAUGAGGCUUAGCAUAACUGGCCUCCAGCUGGCUCUUUUUGGAAACUCAGCCCAGCCGCACAAGAGCAAGAGCGGACUGAAGAAACCAGAGGGACCAGGUGCUGAGACCAAGGUUGACCCGCAGAUAGGGGCUGCCCCACUCCAGGGCCCAACUUGAAGGGCACCUAAGCCGGAGAGGUGCCAAACCAGGUAGCCACCUUGGGCUCUCUCCGCCAAGACUCCCACCCAGGGGACUACGGAGCAGCCAAGAAAAGCCAUGCAUUGCAAACACAGUGUGGCCGAGGAUGGAGCUCAGCGGAGUCUGUAAUCCACCUUCCCCAGCCCUGCCCAAGCCCGGUGGAAAGGGGGUGCACUGUGGGGCUGCGAUGGCCCAGCUGGAGUUUGCUGAGGCACUGAGGCGCGGGCGCCCUUCCAAAGCACACACCCAAUCAAUGAAUGUUUACAGACUGGCUGUCCUGGCGGGGCUUCCAACUGCACACGGUUUUUUUAUACUUUCUUUCUUUCUUUUUUUUUUUUUUAAUAUUUUUUACAAAAAAAAGAUUUUAUACGAGCAAUAUAUAUAUGUGGAUUUCUAUAAUCACUCGAUGUGACACAGUACAAAUAUGCUAUGGUCUGCUGUUACAGCCAUUGUAAUUCCUAAGUACUGUAGGCUCUGGGUGUUGGGGGGGUAGCCAGGCGGGUGGGGUACAUUUCCAUCCUUGUAACCCCUUCCUAGUACUCAGUCCUGUAUCGCUCAGUAAACAUUGCUCUUAAUUA